UAUACCGAGCAUAUUUGUAUCUUUCGAGCCCUAACCGUGUCACCAUCACAAUACCGCUAGAUGAUGACGAAGUUAACGGAAAAUUUUCAGUUUCGCUUUCGUCUCAAAGCUUAAAAGCAAGUUCAACUCGCACGCAGCAUAUUAUUUAUCACUGUUGAUCUCAAUACUUCCAAUACAAAUUGUCUGUGACAGAAUGCACUGGCGCACUAAGGCGCAGUCUUACGGCACCGCUGAUGUAUUCUUCGGUAUGGCGUUCAUCACUGCACUUCUACAUGAAUCCAUCCGUACUAAUGGAACUGAAACAAAGGAGUUUUGUUAUGAUACUCCCUUCAACGUAACCUGCGAGAUUCUUAAAGGGGCAUAUGGAACAGUUGACUUUGUCCAAUGGAAAGCAUAUGACCCGAGAAGGAGUCAUUGGGCUUUGUUCGGAUACUGUAACAGGGAAAUGAGGUGUGAAAUUAAGAGAGCACUGUUAUCUAAUGGAAUCCAAGUUUUGCAAGUCGUGAAAGCCACCAUAACUCUACAAGUAUCAUCAAAGACCAGUACAGACAAUCAGAGCCGAUUACGCUGUAGAGUUGAUUUCGAGGGUCACACGCCCCUACCCCACGAAGUGACAAUCAACUUUGUUUAUUGCAUCACUGCUCACAAAACAGAUGGUGAAGUGAACCUGUCUAAGUUCUUAGAAAGCGUAAUACCUUGGAAGGAAGUUGACGACGUUCGCCUCUUCGACAUUGAAGGAAUCGAGUUUGCCUAUUGUAAAAGCAAAGUUUGCGCAAGAAACAAGAGCGGUCCGCUUUCUGUUCUCUGGAACAGAACGACAGUCCAAAGUGGGUCACUGUUCCUGACUGGAAUUGAGGAAAGUGAUAGCGGUCUUAGGAUGAAGGCGAAGACAGUCUCGGCUACGUCAACGCGUCUUUACACCAUAAAAGUCCUCGUCAACAGUUCUCAAGGCCGAAAUAGUCUUACACCCACUGCCUUGCCCAUCACAGGAACAGCCAAUUCCAGCCCGGGUUCCCCCUCUUCCGGACCUACGGGAUCUCCAUCUGAGAGCUUUGCCGGCCAUCCAACCAAGAGCAUUGUAGGAUCUCCAUCCAAGAGCGCCGCAGCAUCUGCAACCCAACGCAUUGUUCGUGCAAUAGUUACCAUUUUUCUUGCAGUUUUGGUUCCUGUAAUUUUUAUUUGGUGGCGUCUUAGAUGGAAUGGACCGUGGGAUGGGAGGGAGAGAAGAGGACGGGACCACAUAGCCCUUGUUGGAGGACUGGUUCCUUAUUUAGCAUCUGACUCCAUUGGGAGCCUUGAGCAAAGUGUGACAAAACCGGUCAAUAUUUACGAAGGGGGGAGAGGAUGGGGGUCGGAGGAGUUUGACUGUUUAACGUCAUGUAAAAUGGUUUUAUGGCCAAUCAGAGCGCGCGUACUAUUUGAAUUAUUUUAUAACGUCCUUUCUUGUUGGUAUAACACAGAGUCAAAGCACCAAGGAACCAUAACAGUUGACGUUUGCUUCAAGAAGCCUGAAACUUUAACAUGUGGGACUUUACUGAAGCCAAAUGGAGUUCAUGAGGUCGAAUGGAAGGUUUAUAAUGCGGAAGAAAAGCAAUGGAGUUGUUUCUCGUACUGUGGAAAACGGCAAGGGUGUUUGAUCAAGGAAAAAUUGUUGUCAAACGGCAUCACUGUGGAGAACGUCUCAAUGGUGGCAGUGACAGUGAAAGCUUCGGCAAAGGACAGCACAAACAAACACAGCCGAUUGCUGUGUGAAGUCCACUAUAAAGAUUUUGUGGCUUAUAAAGAAGUGAAGAUCAACUUUAUUGAGUGUAUCACGGCUGAGAAAGGGACAGAUUUGAACCUUACGAAAGUGUUCCAAGAUAUGUUACCAUGGGAAAAUGUCAAAAGCAUUUUCAUUGAAAAUUCUCACGGCAGCAAGCUUGCCUACUGUGACACUGGCGAUUGCAUUAAAGAGAAUGGCGGCGAUUUCUUGAACCGAUUACAAGUAAAGCGAGGGGCGCUAAUUCUCUCGGAAGUCAUGGAGAGUGACGAUGGAUUAAAGUUUAAUAUCAAGGUUGACUUGAGAACUGGGAAUGUCAGAGGAAGCAUGGGAACGACACGAGUGUACUCCAUUAAGAUCUUCGUGUACAGUAAAUCAGGGUCUACAGGUGUACCGCCAUCGACACCGCCCUCAACUACAGGAUCAAACAGGACAAACCACUCCCCUGUUAAACACGUUGCGUCUCCAACAAGGAGCAGUGCCUCAACGACAGAUGGAAAUCUGUUGAUAAUGAUCCUGCCCUUCUUGUUUUGAUAGCGGUUAUUUGUUUAUUUGGUUAUUUGGUUAUUUGUCGAAAGAGGUCAGCGGAAAUAGCAUCUGCGCAGGUUUAGCAUGGUAGUGGCUAUUUUGUGCUUCAUGCGUCGAAGGAGACCAGCGGAAACAGCAUCUGCGCAUGUUAAGCGUGGUAGUGGCUAUUUUGUGCUUCAUGCAUCGAAGGAGAUCAGCACGGUGAACAUAACACCUUCCCAGCAUAAAUGUAAUAUCUGACUUUUAAGUGACAUGGGAACGAAUUAGUCAGAAAUUAAUAUUCUAAUGGCACGUCGAAGAGGUUCGCGUGGCAUCAUGGAAGUUUCGGAUUAUUUAAGCGUUUCGCGGGAAUAUUAAGUCAUUCUAGGUCGGUCAGUCUUAUGUUUGACCACUUUUAUUGCUGUAUUUGUUGAAAUUUUGGUAUUUAACUCCCUGUAAAAUAUCAUUACGAUCAUUAAUUUUUCUUUGUGAGUAGUAGUGCGGUCAGGUUAGUUUACCCUUUCCUCUGGGUAUUGUGCUGUUGCAUUACUUGAGGAAUACGCUUUCAGACAAAAAAUUUUUAAGCAAAUAAUCGCAGGCUCAGCGGUAUUUUAAAAUUAUUUAUCUUGUGGAAGAGCACUCAAUGUUAUUAUAGUGUUUAAUAUAUAAUCUAUACGAAAAGCGAACGGUAAUUGGAUAGCAAUGUGUAAGAGGGUGUAACUGUUGUAAACGAUGUAUACGCUAUGGUUCAGCCUUUUUACUUCCGCCAAUUGUAAUUGAAAUAAUGUAUGGAAAUUUAAUAUAUUAAAGUUCACACGGCAACCAUUUUCUCCAUUUCUCCAUUCCUUCACCAAACACUUGUAGACCAUCUUGAAAACUAUCGUAAUAUGAGUAAGUCGAAGAAAUGUAACACGGCCACGAAUAAAGCACCAAAUAUUAACGUUAGCAACAUACCAUGAUUUUAAAAUGUCAAG